AUGGUGGACGAAACUCUAGAGAAUGUUAUUAUUCCGUCGAAAACUGGGAUGUUUCGAAGAAUCAAGAUGAAGUCUACUCACAAACGAAAGUCAUCAUUACAGAAGCUGGUUCGCAAACCUCAAAUUACUCACCAAGGGGUUUUAAUUCGUAAUGUACCUGCUCUUGUUUUUCCUGGGUCUAAGAAACAAGUAGCAGAAGAUAUGGCAAAACACUUGUCACAAUCGAAGAAGAAGAAGUUUAUGAAGACUCGCAAGCUUGUUUUAUCUACUGAGUCUACGGAUGAAGAUCAACAAAUCCCAGAAACUCCAGAGUUCACUCCUAUUGUUACAAGUUCCAUUCCUGAGACGAAUGUUAUCAAAACACCCGAAGUUUCAAUUGCCAAGUCAAUUUUUGAGGAGGUUCGAACUUCAGGCAUCCCUGCACACGUAUCUGAUAUGGAUGCAAAUGUCAACAUGGGUGAAGGAGGUUCGAAAGAUGCUGCUCAAGGUCCAAUUAUCUUUACACCAACAUCUACUAUUCCUCUCACAUCAACCACUGUUUCACCAACCUUCGAACAUAUUCUCAAUCAACCAUUCACUUCAAUUUUUCCUUCUCAAUCCACUGAUACACCCAAACCAUCUUCACCAACUGACACUGAUAAUGAAGGGUUUGGAGGUACGUUCAAAAAUAUGGAAUUCAAUGAAGAUGAAGAAGAAUUUCCUGAUCACAUGUUGAUGACAAUGAAGCAAUACAAGAUUCUUAAUCAAAAGUUGAACUCCAUCAUUCAACCCCAAGCUGAUCUUGGAGGAAGUUCAUCUAUUUCUAGUUUGGAGGUUGAUUCCAUGCUCAAGAUGUUCGAAUCAAGAAUAAUCAACAAGGUUUCUAGAAUGUUGGAAGCCUCAGACUUUGCUAUUCUAGAGAAGGAGGUGAACAAAGUGAAUUUGUUCAAAAGGAAAUUUUUUCUUUUCAACAUGAUUAUGCGUCCUUGGAUCAGAAGGUCGAUAUCAUUUGGGAUGUUGUAA